AUGGCCGCCCAGUCCAAAGAGCUCAGUUCGACAGGCAGCUACUCCUCCUACCCGCCCAAACUCACCCUCUGGGAGAAGCUCACCCUGUUCCGCAAAUUGCUCAUCACCCUCGCCUCUAUCGUCUACCACGGCAUAGCGGGCCUCUUCCGCGGCGCGUCUGGCGCAAAGUCGUACCGGCUUCAUGUCGGGUAUGCCGUGAUCAGGAACCUUGUGAAGAGGUUGACGUGGAAGGAAGUGCAAUACCUGAACCCCCCAACCGCCAAGGCGUAUAAACUGGUCGCCAGAAAGAGAGGCUUCCAGCCCGAAAUUGUCACUCUGAAUCACGGCGCGCAGGGCUUCUGGAUUGGGAGCAAGGAUGCGAAGAAUGUCGUCGUUUACUAUCAUGGCGGAGGGUUCGAGCUGCCCGCAGACAAGAUGCACUUCCACUUCUACGCAAAGAUCGUCAACCACUUCAACAAGGCGCAGAACAACAGGCUCGCAUUUUUCUUCCUCGGCUACACCCUGACUCCCCACGCGUCCUAUCCCACCCAGCUCCGCCAGUCCGUCGAGGCGCUGCGACACGUCCUGGCCACGCAGCCCGACCGCUCCCCCUCCAGCAUCUUCCUGGGAGGCGAUUCUGCCGGCGCGAAUCUCGCGCUCGCCGUGCUGCUGCAUCUGAGCCGUCCGCACCCGGAGAUCGACCCUCUUCCCCUUCAGCAGCCGCUGGGCGGCGUAUUCACCCUCGGCGCCUGGGUCAGUUUCCGGUUGGAUUUUCCCUCUGCGGAGACGAAUCGCUACAAGGACCUCACGGGCCGGCCGCAUGGCGCGAGAUGGUCCGCAGCGUACCUCAACGGGAAGCCCGGCGAUGCGUGGAACCAGCCGCUGCUCGCGCCAGCGGAAUGGUGGGACCGCAGCAAGGUAAAGGACGUGCUGUUCCUGGUCGGAGGGGAUGAAGUUCUGCUGUCUGCUGUCGAGGAGAUGUACGCCAAGUUCAAGCCUGCUGUCCCAAACAGCACCUUGGUCCGGGGCGCGAAUGAAGGCCACGUCGCUCCCGUCUUCAAUCCUGCCAUUGGCGUCAAGGCCGAAACGCAGCAGGGAAGGGCGCUGAAGGAGUGGCUUACCGCGAAGCUGCUGUAG